AUGCCUCACCCUGUCUCGCCGCCGACCGUCGUGUCCAAAGACGCCGCCCCUCCGCCGUCUCACGAGGACGUUUCCGGCUUCCUCAACACCAUCUUCAAUGCCCAGACCUCGGCCGCCUCUGUCGACGCGAGCUACGGCCUGUGCGAGCUGCUCCUCAACUCGGUCGGCUACGCGGGACUGAACCAGUACGGCGUCUUGGCCGAGAUCAAAAAGGCCGCUGCCGACAAGAAGAAUGGCCUCCGGAGAGAGAGCAGUCAGAACCUCCUGGGCGCCAUCUUUGAGCGCUUCCCCCCGAAACAGGCCGUCUCCGAAGUCGUCUUCCUCGUCCAGGAGGACGACCUUGUUCCCUGUGCGCUGGACGCCCUGGCCGACAAGGGCGCCGUCGUGCGCGAGGCUGCUCAGUACGGCCUGGACGCGCUGUUUAAUAAUUUGGCCGCAGAGGCUCUCGUCACCGGCCUGCUGCCCGUCCUGGUCAAGUACUUGGACAGGAAGACGGGCAAAUGGCAGGGCACGGUCGGUGCUUACAAGCUGCUCCAGAACAUGGCAGACAAGGCCAAGCUCGUCAUUGGCGCCACCAAGCACGAGGCUGAGGAGAAGGAUGUCCUCCGCGAGGCCAUGGGCUCCAAGCUUGCCGGGCUUAUCCCCAUUGUCGAGAGCGGCAUGCACGAUCUCAAGCCCGAGGUCGAGAAGCAGGCCGUCCAGACCAUGAACUCCCUCACCACGCUCCUCUCCAACGACGAUGUCGCGCCCCGAAUCCCGCUUCUCGUCCAGACGAUGCAGCACCCUUCGGCUCAGGCUACUCAAAGGGCCAUCCAUGCCCUCUCCCAGACCACCUUUGUGGCCAUUGUCACCUCUCCCGUCUUGGCGCUCUUGACGCCUUUCCUGGAACGCUCUCUCAACUCGCCCAACACCGCCCAGGAAGUCCUGCGCCAGACCUGUGUCAUCACCGAGAACCUGACCAAACUGGUCCACGACCCCAUCGAAGCCAGAACUUUCCUCCCCAAGCUCUCGCCCGGCAUCAAGGCUGUCGCCGAUCGGGCCUCGCUUCCCGAAGUCCGUGAAGUUGCUGAGCGCGCCCUCGCCAUCAUGGAGAAGGCCAUGGCCAACGACAAGGACGUCAUUGCCCGGACUACCCUCGACGAUGUCGACAAGCUCGUGGACGAGCACGUCAAGCAGCACCGUGGCGUCGCGGCCCCCAAGCAGGAUAUCUAUCAGCUGGUGCGGCCUUAUAUCGGUGACAUGGUCGCCACCAAUGUCAACUACCGUUUCGUCAGUCGCAUCGCUGCUCGCAUUGCGCCUUACUUGCAGCCCCUUCUGCAGGAUCCCGACGCCGCCCAGAAGAUCGCCCAUGGUGUUCAGCAGCACUACGUUGAUGAGGACCGUGGCCGGUUCGGCGUCCCCGAGAAGGAGGAUGACGGAGAGGUCGAGAUUGUCAACGCCGACUUUUCACUGGCGUACGGCGGCAUGUUGCUUCUCUCGCACACCAACCUGCGUCUGCUCAAGGGCCACCGCUACGGUCUGUGUGGUCGCAACGGCGCUGGAAAGUCUACUCUCAUGCGAUCCAUUGCCAAUGGCAAGCUCGAGGGGUUCCCGCCCCAGGACGUCCUCCGCACAUGCUACGUCGAACACAACCAGGGCGAAGAUGCCGACAUCUCCAUCCUCGAGUUCGUCGCAAAGGAUCCCGAAAUUGGACCCCAGGGCACGGAGCGCAUCUCGCAAGUCUUGACCGAGUUCGGCUUCACGCCCGGUCCCGAGGGUCGCCAGGCCCAGAAGGUCGGCUCCCUCUCGGGCGGUUGGAAGAUGAAGCUGGCCUUGGCCCGGGCCAUGUUGAAGAGGGCCGACGUCCUGCUUCUCGACGAGCCUACCAACCACCUGGAUGUGGCCAACGUUGCUUGGCUGGAGGAGUACCUCAAGUCUCACACCGACAUCACCAGCUUGAUUGUGUCCCACGACUCCGGAUUCCUGGACAACGUCACGACGGACAUCUACCACUACGAGCCCAACAAGAAGCUGGCCUGCUACAAGGGCAACCUGGCUGCCUUUGUCAAGAUCCGCCCCGAAGCCAAGGCCUACUACACCCUGUCGGCGUCCAACGUGCAGUUCAAGUUCCCUCCGCCCGGGAUCCUGACGGGCGUCAAGUCCAUGACCCGUGCCAUCAUCCGCAUGACCAACGUCUCGUACACGUAUCCCAACGCGCCCAAGCCCUCGCUGUCAGACGUCUCGUGCCAGCUCACCCUGUCGUCUCGCGUGGCCAUUAUCGGCCCCAACGGCGCAGGCAAGUCGACUCUCAUCAAGCUGCUCACCGGCGAAACCGUCCCCAGCUCCGGAAAGGUCGAGAAGCACCCCAACCUGCGCAUCGGCUACAUCAAGCAGCACGCCCUCGAACACGUCGAGAUGCACCUGGAGAAGACGCCCAACCAGUACCUCCAAUGGCGGUAUGCCUACGGCGACGACCGAGAGGUGCACAUGAAGCAGACCCGCGUCUUGUCCGACAAGGAUCGCGAGCAGAUGGACAGGUGGGUCGACCUGAAGGACGGCAAGUCCCCCAGACAGGUCGAAUCCCUCGUCGGCCGUCAAAAGUACAAGAAGACGUUCCAGUACGAAGUGAAAUGGCGCGGCCUCCUCCCCAAGCACAACACCAUGAUGUCGCGCGAGACCCUGACGGGGCUCGGCUUCGACAAGAUGGUCCAGGAGUUCGACGACCACGAGGCCUCCCGCGAGGGCCUCGGGUACCGCGAGCUCCAGCCGUCCGUCAUCUCGAGGCACUUUGAGGACCUGGGGCUGGACCCGGAAAUCGCCAACCACAACGAGAUCGGGUCCCUGUCGGGCGGGCAAAAGGUCAAGGUGGUGAUCGCGGGGGCCAUGUGGAACAACCCGCACCUGCUGGUGCUCGACGAGCCGACCAACUUCCUGGACCGCGACUCGCUGGGCGGGCUGGCCGUGGCCAUACGCGAGUUCCGCGGCGGCGUCAUCCUCAUCUCGCACAACGAGGAGUUUGUGGGCGCCCUGUGCUCGGAGCAGUGGCGCGUCAGCGAGGGCCGCGUCGCGCAGCGCGCCGCCGCCGCCGUCGCCCUCGACCGCUUCGAGGACUCGCCCUCGCGCCCGGGCAGCGCCGUCGCCAGCAGCACCGCCGCCAGCUCCGUCGUCAGCAGCGCCGUCAACUCGGGCGUCGAGGACAACGGCGCCGACAUGAAGUUCCGCGCUCGCAGGAAGAAGAAGAUGACGAAGCGCGAGCUCAAGGAGCGCGAGGUCCGCCGCCGCCUGCGCCACAUUGACUGGCUCAACAGCCCCAAGGGCACGCCGCAUCCUCCCGACACCGACGACGAGGAGGAGUAG